AUGCUCAAACAGCUCAUCAAUGCUUCUCGGUUUGAACUUAUCAGCUCGUACAAAGUGCCUGAAUUUGUGAAUUCUUACGCAGGACUGACCGUGUUAAGCAGAAAAGUCGUGUUGGCCAGAUUGUUUCUCAGUCCAGCGCUAUAUACAGCAGCAGCGAUAGAUCCUGCUUUUCAGCUGUCAGGAAUGGGUAUGAGUUGCCUCAAGCAGUUUCGAGUAGAUCACGUGCCCCAAUGUACAUUUUUCUGCGUCAGUAAAUUAAGUAGCCUUGCCUGGUACAGCGUCAGAUGUCAUAUGUGUCAUGGACUAUUUCUCGAGACAACUAUAAAGCAAGAAAGUUCAAUUACUUAUCAACACCCUCACUAUGACGAGGUCGCGCUCAACCACAAUGCAAAUUCCCUGACCACGGCUAUCUUAAUACCACAAUGUCUUGUCAUCAAUGUCGUACACGGUAUGAGUGAAAAAUCGACAUAUUCCUUCAACAUACCUGAUACGCUCCUAAACUAA